AUGGCUGCAUCAUCACCACUAAGUCUGGAAAAGUGUUUCCCACAGCACCAGACGACUGGAGUUUUCUCUGUGUUUCAGGUUUUUGUAGCGAGUGGUCCUGGCAUAUACAGGAAGCCAGUGGUGGGAAUGUGGACCCAUUUGUGUGAGAAGGCUAAUGAAAGCAUUCCUGUUGACAAGGCACAGAGUUUCUAUGUUGGGGACGCUGCAGGAAGGCCAGAAAACUGGGCUCCUGGGAAAAAGAAGAAGGAUUUCUCCUGUAGCGACAGAUGUUUUGCCCUCAACAUUGGACUACAGUUCCACACUCCUGAGGAGUACUUUCUAGGAUGGAAGAGCGCCCCCUACAAUCUGCCUGAGUUUGACCCUAGAAAGCUUAACUAUAACGCCAGACUGUACGACCCACCAUCAGCCUCUCUCAUCUCAGACAAAACAGAAGUUAUUGUUGCUGUGGGUUACCCUGCAUCUGGAAAAUCAACAUUCUUUCACUCUCAUGUUAUUCCAAAGGGCUACGUGUAUGUAAACAGAGACACAUUGGGGUCGUGGCAGAGUUGUGUUGCAGCCUGUGAGCGUGCGCUGAAAGAAGGACGCAGCGUUGCGGUGGACAACACCAACCCAGACCCAGAGUCACGGAAACGUCUGGAGCUGGCCAAACACAACAACAGGUUUCGAGAAAUGGCACCAUCAGAAAACAAACAUCUCAAGGUCAACGAUAUGGUUUUCUACAGUUACAAGAAACACUUUGUGGCUCCUACGCUUUCAGAGGGAUUUUCUGAGAUACUUCAAAUCCACUUUGUGCCUAAUUUCAAAGACAGCCAAUCAGAAGCCCUGUUCAGGCAUUUCUCCGAAGGGUAAAUGGAUAGAAAAUAAAUGAUGUUUUCAACACAAGAGGCUAGAGAUAGAAAGAGUCAACAAAAUAAAUGUAAGUUCAUGUAUUCAACAAUAAUCAACACUAAGAAAGAAAGCACUGCUG